AUGUCAUUUGCAAGCCUGGUGAUGUCUGAGUUACAAGCUCUCUACUACCCUAUAGAGCCCAUGGCCCAUGCAAAAAGGUCUGAUGCACUAUGCUACCCUGGGCCUUUGUCUCCAUCCAGUCAUUCAAAUUGUUAUGCAUUGGUUCCAUAUCAAUUCCCUACCACUAUUCAAUUACAAGACUUAGGAGCUAUAUCAGAUGCCCUGGUAGGACAAAUUAGGUGGGACAACCCCAUGGUAAUUAAGGAACUUGAUAUUCUCUUUGGCCCUGAUGACAAAAAGGCUCAGGACUUCAUUAAUAACUGGUGUCUAAAGGCCAUGCAAAUUGCUCUGGAUGUCAUUGCCAAUACUUACCAAAUUGAAAAGAAAGCUUUUGAUAAUAAAUUCUAUUGGCAUUGUGUGCACAACAACAUUAAUCCAGCAUCAGUUCAGCCUUCUCCUUCUCCUGAGAACUUGGUGGAAGAAGAGAAUCAUGAUGAUUACUAUUAG